GAGAAUGCUUGUUCUGCUUAUUCACUUAAUUCACAGAAAUGAUUCUGAUUUCUCUCUGCACCUACGUUCUUUCCAUUAUAUCCUUUUCAUCCGUUCCACUGGUAACACAGCCGAUUGAUCAUGCACAAAUGGAAUCCUUCCUCGUCCCUGUCUACCAGCAUUGGGAUGAUGAAUUGUCUCGGUAUCACAUAUGUGAGCAAUGCCCUCCUGGUACCUACAGAAAGAAGCACUGCAAUGCAGAAAAGAGGACUGAAUGUGCACUUUGUCCUGAUUCACAUUAUACAGAAUAUUGGAAUUACUUGGAUGAAUGCCAGUAUUGCAAUGUGCUUUGCAAAGAAUAUCAAUAUGUUAAAAAUGAAUGCAACAGCACUCACAACCGUGUCUGUGAAUGUGUUGAAGGUCACUACUUUGAAUUUGAGUUUUGUCUAAAGCACUAUAAAUGCCCACCAGGAUUUGGUGUAAAGAAGCUUGGAACUCCAUAUGCCAAUACAGAGUGCAUGAAGUGUCCAAGGGGCUUUUUCUCAAUUAAUAGCUCUGCCAGCCAACCCUGUCAAAAGCACAUAAAUUGCACUGCACUUGGCUUGAAACAGGUUCUCCGAGGAAAUGCAUUUCAAGAUCAUGUGUGUGAGCCAUGUCGGAGCAGUGAGGCAUCAAACUCAGGAUGUUCUGACCCAUUUUCAAAGAAAGAUAUUGCACUCUGUGAUCAGGCAGCCUUUAAAUUUAUCGCUCAUCAGAAACUGACACUGAAGCAGUUGAGAAUGCUGUUGGCUAAUCUACCUGGGAAGAAGAUAAGUACACAACAUCUGCAAGGUGCUAGGUGGAUGAAUACAGGCCAGGUUCGAACCUUCCGACUUCUGAAACAUUGGAAAAUUGCGAACCUUCGCUUCGAUACUGUGGAGGCUCUACUACGUGGCCUGAAAGAAGCCAACAUUCAUGAUGUGUACACAAAGCUGCUGCACAGGCUUUGAAUAAACAUGUAAUAGUAUAGGAGAGAAGAAAUAAGGUGUGACAGCACAGCAUCAAAGUUGGCAUCAGCCGUCUUACUGUUAAUCAUUAUUUGCUGACAGUGAUACAGAAUGGUAUUUAUACUAUUACAAAAAGCAUUCUACGUUAAGAGUACAUGUUAGAAUUAAAACUGAGUUCUGAUUGUCCAAGGACUAAUGUCAACACCAUGAAUUAGACACAUAUGCAGCAAAUCUCUGAUUCUUUGCUAAGUCUUAUCUACACUAAGUUGAUAAUCCGACAUUUACUGCUGAUUUAUAGCAGUGAGUAGAUAGAUUUUUUUUGUCAAAUGUAUUUUAGAACUUUUAUAUUUGCAUACCUUUGGUUGAUAUUGUUUCAGCCAUAACAAUAAGGAGCAAAAUUAAUCAUCAAAUGAAAAGUCACUACAAAUCCCUCAGAUAUACUAAAUUAAAACUGAGUAGACACACGUUGUCGUGUAGACAAUUUUUUUAUCAAUUGUUAUAUGACAGUUUCUUAUACCAGACCAGGUGACACAUGUUCAGAUUUGUUGAUCAAUCAGUCUCUGGUUCUGAUGUCUAAACACCCAAUGUAAACAUUUUCUGCCAUGUAACAUCUGAUAAGAUAAAGUUGAUAUUGAU